UCUAAUGGACGCUGAUUUAUAUGAUGAAUUUGGUAAUUAUAUUGGGCCAGAUUUUGAAAGUGACAGUGAUGACGAUAAAACAGUUCCUGAAUCAAAUGCAGCUUACAAUUUGGCAAAAGAUAUAGAUGAUAUCAAUGAAGAAGAUGAAUAUGCGCAAGAUGAGAACGAGAGAAUGGAAAUAACUAAUGGGAUUGAGGCAACUUCAAAUCAAAUAGUUUUACAUGAAGAUAAAAAAUAUUACCCAUCUGCAUUAGAAGUCUAUGGACCAGAUGUUGAAACAGUUGUUCAGGAAGAAGACACACAAGCUUUGACUGAACCAAUUAUAGCACCAAUAAAGCAUAAAAAAUAUUCGUUGACAGAACAAGCCUUGCCUCAUACUACCUAUAAUAUGGAAUAUUUGGCUGAUAUGAUGGACUCACCCUCAUUGAUUAGAAACGUCGCUUUGGCAGGUCAUUUAGCUCAUGGCAAAACCACCUUUGUUGAUUGUUUGAUAGAACAGACUCAUCCGGACUUCUAUUACGAUGCUGAUAAAGAACUCAAAUACACUGAUACGUUAUUCACCGAACAGGAACGAGCUGUCAGUAUAAAGGCUACUCCGAUAACCCUAUUGCUCCAGGACAUCAAGGACAAAUCUUACCUCAUGAAUUUGUAUGACACACCUGGUCACGUAAAUUUUAGCGAUGAGGUGACGGCCGCUUAUCGAAUAUGCGAUGGUGUAUGUUUGAUUGUUGACGCUUCGGAAGGGUGCAUGCUAAACACGGAACGCCUGCUCAAGCACGCAUUGCAGGAAGGGCUCGCGUUGACGCUUUGUGUGGCGAAGAUAGAUAGGCUCGUACUGGAACUCAAGCUUCCACCGCAAGACGCUUUCUAUAAGAUUCGUCACGUGAUCGACGAGCUGAACGCCCUCGUCGCCUUGCACGCCGAAUCGUGCACCCCGUUUGGCACUAAGGCCACCGCCUUGAGGAUAGAACCAGCGGCAAAAGUGGCUUCCACCACAACCGUCGUGGAAGGGCCCACUCUUAAAGCCAGCCCACCAAUGGGAAACGAAUAUUUCUCCCCGCUAACCGGAAACGUUUGCUUUGCCAGCGCUAAAUUCGGGUUUUGUUUCACCCUCAAAUCUUUUGCCCGGACCUAUUCCCAAUAUUUCGCCACCACUGCUAUCAAUGAGACCGAACUAGCUAGGAGAUUGUGGGGUGACAUAUAUUACAACAAUAAAACGAGGAAAUUUUCCAGGAAGCCCCCUGUUCCCAACGCUCCUAGAAGCUUUGUAGAGCUCGUUUUGGAGCCUAUGUACAAGAUAUUCGCUCAAGUUGUAGGAGACGUUGAUACAGCCCUACCUACCCUCCUAGCGGAUCUAAACAUCAAGCUCACCAAAACGGAAUGCAAGAUGAACAUCGUGCCAUUGCUAAGACUGGUUUGCCAGAAAUUCUACGGACCUUUCACCGGUUUUGUGGAUAUGUGCGUGAACCAUAUACCUUCCCCUCUCGAAAACGCGAGGCGCAAAAUCGAGCAUAUUUACACUGGACCCAUAGACUCGGACAUAGGCGAUGCUUUAGUAGCAUGCGAUCCUGAGGGCCCACUCAUGAUACACACCGUCAAACUUUACCCCACCUCCGACGCCAGCACCUUUCACGUGUUCGGUCGAAUUUUCAGUGGCACUCUCACCUCCUCUCUCGAGGGUUCGGUCAGGGUCAAAAUUCUCGGAGAAAAUUACACGCCAGAGGAUGAGGAGGAUUCCAGGGUCUGUAAAGUAGGACGAGUUUGGAUAUACGAAGCUAGAUACAAGAUAGAAAUAAGCAGAGCUCCUGCCGGUAAUUGGGUACUCAUAGAAGGCAUCGACCAGCCCAUCGUUAAAACGGCGACCAUAGCUGAUAUUGGACUCGAUGAAGACCUCUACAUCUUCCGACCACUGAAAUUCAAUACGGCCUCGGUCAUAAAAAUAGCGGUCGAGCCCGUUAACCCUUCCGAAUUGCCGAAGAUGUUGGACGGGCUUAGGAAGGCCAAUAAAAGUUACCCGCUUUUGACCACAAAAGUAGAAGAAUCGGGGGAACACAUAGUGUUAGGCACGGGCGAACUGUACCUCGAUUGCGUUAUGCACGACCUCCGGAAAAUGUACUCCGAAAUAGAUAUCAAGGUGGCAGAUCCAGUUGUAACGUUUUGCGAGACUGUAGUCGAAACGUCUUCCCUCAAAUGCUUCGCUGAGACCCCUAACAAAAAGAAUAAGAUAACGAUGAUAGCCGAACCUUUAGAAAAGGGUCUAGCCGAGGAUAUCGAAAAUGAAGUGGUACAAAUCACCUGGGACAGGAAACGACUCGGGGAAUUUUUCCAAUCUAAAUACGAUUGGGAUCUGCUUUCCGCUCGCUCCAUAUGGGCCUUCGGACCUGACCCCGCUUGUGGACCUAACAUAUUGGUGGACGACACUCUUCCUUCCGAAGUGGACAAGGGCUUGUUGGCAAAAAUUAAGGAUAGCGUGGUUCAAGGCUUUCAGUGGGGCAGUAGGGAGGGCCCCUUGUGUGACGAACCCAUGCGUAACGUAAAAUUCAAACUGCUCGACGCUUCCGUCGCCGCGGAGCCCGUUAAUCGCAGCGGAGGCCAAAUUAUACCCACUGCCAGACGAGCCGCCUAUUCCGCCUUCCUAAUGGCGGCGCCGCGUCUCACCGAACCUUAUUUGGCCGUCCACGUUCAGGCGCCGGCCGAUUGCGUUUCCGCCAUUUAUACCGUACUGGCCAGGAGAAGGGGUCACGUAACGCAAGACGCUCCGAUACCUGGUUCUCCACUUUAUACCAUCAAGGCCUUUAUUCCCGCCAUCGAUUCCUUCGGGUUCGAAACCGAUCUCAGAAUUCACACCCAAGGACAGGCCUUUUGUCUUUCUAUCUUCCAUCAUUGGCAGAUAGUUCCGGGGGAUCCUUUAGACAAAUCGAUCGUGAUUCGGCCUUUGGAACCUCAACCGGCGACUCAUUUGGCUAGAGAAUUUAUGAUCAAAACUAGAAGGAGAAAAGGCCUAAGUGAGGAUGUAAGCAUCAACAAAUUUUUCGACGAUCCUAUGUUGUUGGAACUCGCUAAACAAGAUGUCCUCAUGAAUUAUCCUUUGUGAAUAAUUCAGCUUACCCCCUACCCCCUCAAAAAAUAGGAUGCAAACACCCCUUCCGCUCAUGUUGACGCUGACCUUAACUAACCAGACAGAAUGUACCAUUUAAACAAAUAUAUUUUUUUAAUACACCACUUACUAUACACUAAAUUUUC